AUGCGAGACUCGUGUCGAGCGCGCACGCCGUCUCCGUCGCACCUCGUACCGCGGGACUGCGAAGGUGCCUCCAGUAACACCUGUGGCAGCGGUGGCGGUGACCCCACUGUGCGACCGAACUCGACUACAGCGCGUCCGCGACAACGUCCGCGCCACCACCAGCAGGGCCCUCGCAGGGGGUGCCACUUCACAGACACACCGGAGAGUAGCGGCAAGAGCAGCAGCUCGAGCCGUGGCAGCGUCGGCGGCUGCGUCGUGUCGACGUGGAUGAAUGCGCCUCCGAAUGUGGUGGGCGGUGUUGAGAGGAUGGCGAACAACUCACACCAGAGCUCGCCGUCGUCGUGUGCGGCCGCGGCGGUGAAUCGCCCGCCUGGGACCUCCACAUCUCCGACCACGCAGCACAAGCAGCGGGAGGCGGCUGCGCGUCCGACGAGUAGAGCUGCCCCGACCUUGCUGGCCGCGGCCGUCGCGUUCGGCCCAUCGGCGUGCAUGGUGGCAAGCGGUGUCGCUGUUUCAGGAACGCAACGUAGCGACCACAAUCCCACUGACACUGCAGCAAGGGUAGCGCAGAUGCCAGUGCCGGGCGCAUCCAGCGCGGCUGCAACACCGCAACACGACUGCCCAUUGCGUGAUUCGUCGGGGUAUCCUCGGGGGUCAUCCCCAACCUCCCUUCGCCUUCACGCGACUGCCUCAACAGCUGCCGGCACCGCCACCUGCGGCAACCUCGCUGAUGCGCAGCGCCGCCGCAGGCUCAAGCCACCGCCAAUCAUGAGCGACAUUGCCAGUGCCUCGGGUCGUCGCUCGUGCUCGUGCCCCAGCACUCGCAGUGCCACGGCGAUAGAGGCCACCAUCGCGUCCUCUCCACUUGCGACCUACACGGUUGUGGCAGCAAGCCCGAGAGCGGCAGCGGCAGUGACGCACCCGGCUCGCACACUUCGAAGCGCCGGCAGCCUGUCGAGCCCAAGCAAUAUGCUACCACAGGGGCCCGUGUCGCCCCCUAACCCCGACUUCAAGCCUCUUGGGCUGUGGGGCACCUCACCUGCCUCCGCCGCCGCUUCAACUUCAGCGACCACUCUAGAGCUGGAGGCGUCAAGGGCAACAGCGAGCGGCGCAGAUGUCGGCAGCCUCCUCACGCACGAGAUGGACGGCGGUGUGGUCAUCGUAGACCCUCACCAGGCACCGGACGAUCUCGUCUGCGGUGUGUGUAUGUCUGUGUGCCGGCAACCGACAGCAGCGGCGUGCGGGCAUCUUUUCUGCCGUCGCUGCCUUCAAUCGUGGAUGCAGGAAAACCGGGCUGCAACAUGCCCGCUGGACCGAACCCCGAUCCGGGUGGAGCUGCUGCACACCGACGCCCGCGCGCAGCGGCAGAUCAACGCGCUGCAAUGCCGCUGCCCCGCCUCGCUCUCUCGGGCAUCGCAGUGGGCGUUGCGGCAACUCGGGUCGGCGAGUCAUGUGCUAGGCGACAGGACAGGGGAGGACGAGGCGGACAAGGAUGACGCGAGGGGCGAUGGACGCGCACAACUUGAGCAUCCGCGAUGUACGUGGGCUGGAUGCGUGUCGGACGCUGCAGCACAUUUGCGGCAGUGCCCGUACAUCAUAAUCGAGUGCCCGUUUGCCAAGCACGGCUGCUCGGCGGAGAUGCCACGGGCAGAUAUGGCGGGACACGUGAAAAAUGGCGUGGCGGACCACCUGCUGCUUGUCUCGCAGGCCCUCGACGCGUCCACGGAGCAGUGCCGGGUCUUGCAGGGGGAGGUGGAGGUGCUGCGGCAACGCUGCCCCAUGCGUUAUCCCGUCGCCCUCCCCGAUGUGCCCACAGGCGGGCCAGCCGGAAUUUCGGAGCCGGCGGUGUCGAUGUACUCGUUAUCUUUGCAUGGAGCGGAUGUGCCCACAGCGGCGCUGGCACCGGCUCUCGUCAUCGCCGGCGGCGGCAGCAGCCGCGGUGCAACUCCCAUCGCGAUAACGGCGUUCCCAGAGGAAGUAUCGCCGGAGAGCGGCUCCCCGACUCGAGUGGUGGGGCCGUUUGGCCGCGGCGCAUCCGCCGCCGUCGACUACCCGUUCCCUGUCUUCUCGCAGUCGCAGCCGCCGUAUCCACAUCCGCACCACGGUUCAUCGACGAUAGCCACGCAGGCCAACGUGCGUCGGCGCGCAGCUACCGACGAUAUGUUGCUUGUCGCCGCCCACCGCGUGCCCAGCGGACACGAUGCCACAAUGCCGAUGCCGGCGGACACGACGGCGCUGCGCACUUCAUCUCCGCUGCAUUUUGGCGCACCACCGGCCUCCGUGUCCGUCGCCAACACGGCAGCGGCAGCGCCGACCUUCGCCCUUCCUGCCGGCGCAGCAGCGCUCAUCCCUGCCCAAGCUGCUAGCGCUCUUCCGCGUGCGGCGCCGGUGGUGGGUAGCGGCCACUGCGUGGAUCGGUUUGUUUGGGUCAUCACCGACAUGGCGUCGCGACAGGCGCCGUGCUACAGCCGCUCCUUUACCUCGCACGGCCUGCCAUGGUAUGUGGGCAUGGACACCACCGCCUCAUGGGAGCAGUGUGGAGUAUACCUCUUCACCGAGGGUCACGAGCACCGUGUGGACUUCCGCGUGAUCCUGUACCACGAGGACCCGGCACGUGACGUUGUGCACGUCGUGCGGGACUGGCAGGAGGACUACAUUGGAAAAGGCUGGGGCCCACUGCGCUUCAUCAACCGUUUCACGCUAGAGCAAGACGGCUUCCUCGUGAGCGGCUGCCUGCGCGUGGGGAUCGAGGUGGUGAGUGGACCGUACUGA